GCAGCUGCCACUUCGAAGAGGGGGCAGAGGGAGAGCAGCUCGCCGAGGGCCGUGCAGGACGGGACAGGACGGGUGAGGAGGGGGGACGCCAGGGCCCCAGUGCUGGGACGGCUCAUCGAGCAGCCGACACCCGUGGGACUCGCACUCAGGCCGGUAGAGAAGCAGGUGCCGAGGGGCCGGGCAAGCUGGGGGUCGCAGCGGAGCAUGGGGUGUGGGUGCCACACAGCACCGGGCACUUGGUGAGCUGCGGCUCAGCCACCAGCAACCCGAGCCCCCACCUAAAAAUAGCCCCUCGCUUGCCCACGGAGUUGCGACCUUCGGGGCUGCAACUGGUGGGGUGGAGGCAGUGAACCGGACAGCACCUGCACUGGGGGGCUGCUUGUGCCCAGGCACCCCUGGCACGCACCCAGCACCCCUGGGCUGCAGGCAGGGCAAGAAAAGGGGCACGGUGCUGCCGGCUCAGGGCAGCAGGGGUGGCAGGUGAGGGCAGGGGAGCUGCAGAUCAUGCACCGAGCACAGGGACGUGGUGGCACCAGUAGGGCCAGUGGGGAUCCCCGGGCGGCCCCGCCGAGCCCCGGCAUCCCCCCGAAGCGCGCCAAGGUCACGACAGAGGUGGGGGCAGCUGAGGAGGGCCCGACUCGCUUGGCGGCACCAUAUUUUGUGCGGAAGCUGAAGAAUGCUGCGAUUGGCACUGGCUGCGACAUCCGGCUGCGGGUGGUGGUGGUGGGCAACCCCCGGCCCAGCCUCCGCUGGUACCGGAACGAGGAGAUUUUGGCCCCAAGCGAGGAGGAGUAUGGAACCCUUUGGAUCCGGGACAGCAAGAAGGAGGAUGCCGGAGUGUACACCUGCAUUGCCAAGAAUGAGCGGGGAGAGGCCAUGACCAGUGCUGUGCUUGCCAUCAUUGACAUGGAAGACUCGGAGACAGGCGAGGAUGAGCCCAGUGACCCCCAGGUGACGCAGCGCAGUGAGCUCCAGGAUGAGACGGCCUUCAGCACCCCCACGGGUGGGUCUGACACCCUUGUGGACGCCUCCAUGAACACAACUCCGACCUCUGUGCUGGCCCUGUCACAGGCAGAGGAGCGCUCAAGCUGGUCGGGCAGCCAGCAGACGGUGCUAGAGAAGGAGACGGAAGCCAGCCUCUCUGCACGGGGACCCUAUCUCCGCCCCGCUGCCUGGCCACAGCCGCAGGGAACCCCAAGGCAAGCAAACGCGCCGGCCCCAUGCAGCGCCGAGGUCCGGCACCUGGGCGUGGAGCCGCUGGUGCGGGCAUCACGGGCUAAUCUUUUGGGCACGAGCUGGGGGUCGGAGGAUAGCCUUUCGGUGGCCAGCGACCCCUACGGCAGCGCCUUCAGCCUGUACCGAGGACGGGCGCUCUCGCUCCACGUCAGCAUCCCCCAGGGAGGCUAUCGAAGAGAUGAUCCCCACAGCGGCUCUGUCUCUCCAAAGCCCGGUGCCGAGGCCCCAAGGUCCCCCGCUGCCCUGCCGCUGAUUGCCAAGCCACCCAUCAUCCGCUCGCCAUCUCCCCACGGUGGUCUGUGCCUGCCAUCACCCACUGGUGCCACGUCCCAGCCUGCUGCUCGUGGCCCUGGCGUCCCUUCCUCCACACCCGUCACCCCCCGCAAGAAGUCCUUGGUGCCGGCUGACUACCAGGACACUGUCCCUGAGGAGUAUGAAGAGAAGAUCAAGAAGCCCAAGUCCUCGGGGUACUCACAGGGCAGCACGCAAGAGUCCCGUCCCCAGACACCCAUGAGCGACACCUCUGGACGCAUCUCCAUCCGGGCAUCCCCCAAGCUGGUGCGUGCCGGCUCCAAGAUUUUCGAGAGGCUGCAGUACUUUGAGGAGCGGCAGAGGAGCCUGGAGCGGUCGGACAGCCCCUGCCCCAUGCCCUUGCGCAAGACACGUUCCUUCGACCAGCCAGGCACCAGCUUGCGCCGUCCCAGCACGCUCGGUGGCUCGCGGGAGGAUGUGCAGGAAGGCAGCCACUGGGAGCCAGGCAGCACGGCAGCAUGUCGGCGUUUGGCCUUCCGGCAGAAAGCCGCAUCCUUUGACGAGCGCGGCAAGUUUGCCAGCCGUGUCUACGCCAUUGAGCACAAGUUUGCGGAGGAGUUGACCCGCAUCAAGCGGACGGUCUCCAAGCAGCAGCUGCGGCGCUCCCAGGAACUGUGCAAAGCCGGGCUGCCCCCAGCACCCUCACCCCCAGCGGCCAGCGAGCCUGCUGCCCCCCGCGUGCCCCGCACCCCCUCCUCACAGGGCGGCGGUGGGCGCAAGGCACUGCCAACAAAGACCUCGCCAUCGGAGAGCACACAUGUCAUCCAACACCUGGCACUUUCCAGUGUGGCACUGGUGGGACCUGAUGGGGAGCCAGACCCGGGAGGGCAGCGUGGGAGGAAAGCCCCAGCACGGGGUGGUCCAGUGACCGGUCAGCCUGCUGAGGUGGAGGAUGCAGGCACCAGAAAGGGUCUGCAGCAAGAAGGCACUGGGGAAGUGAAGAAGAAGGAGCAGUGGCUGUUAGCACAAGCCACCCCACGGGUACGGGCGCCCCUGUCACAGGCGGGUCCCGCUGAAGGCAGCCCGUGUCUGGACGGGAGCCCUGCCAGUGGAGCCCGUGCCCAUGGGGCAGUGAGUGAAGCCCUGGCUGCCCGGCUGGCUGUGCCCCACGGACUGUACCGGCGGCCAGAGGCACCCAUGGAGGUGCGGUUCCUGCCCUGGGCGAAGCCGGGAAUGGAACAGGAGGCUCACCUGGAGAGGAGCUGGACAGGGCAGCACAGCACGGGCAGGGAGGUGGAGAGAAGGCAGAUGAAAGUGUCAGAGAAGAAAGAGAGUGGCCGGAUGGCUCAAGAAGGCAGGAGCACACGGAGCAAGGGGAAGGGGCGCCGAGCCAGGCCCACCUCUCCAGAGCUAGAGUCCUCUGAUGACUCCUAUGUUUCUGCGGGUGAAGACCCCCUGGAAGCCCCCAUCUUUGAGAUCCCCAUCCAGGACAUGGCGGUGACUGUGGGGGCAGAGGUGCUACUCAAGUGCAUUGUUACUGCCAAUCCCCAGCCAGAAGUGUCCUGGAGGAAGGACGGGGUCCCGCUGCGGAGCACCACGACGCGACCCAUCAAGGCAGAGGGCGAGCGCCAUACCCUGCUCGUCCGAAGCGCCCGGGUAGCCGACGCUGGCCUCUACACCGUCAGCGCGUCCAACGAGGUGGGAGCGACCUGCUGCAGUGCCAUUCUCAGCGUGCGGCCAGCCCCCGCCGUGGAGCGGCAUGGGAACUUGCCUUCGCCCCUCGGCCAGGCCAGCCCCAUCACCUCUGAUGAGGAGUACCUGAGCCCCCUGGAAGAGUUCCCUGAGUCCGGCACCCCUCAGCACCGACCAGCCAUGAAGCUGCAGCCUAGAGCAGAGCAUGGGGCUGCCCAUGGCUCCCCACAGAGCACUUUCAAGGCUGCACCCACCUUUGAGGUGUCCCUGUCGGACCAGUCAGUGCUGGAGGGGCAGGAUGUCAGCAUGAGCGUCCGCGUCCGUGGGGAGCCCAAGCCCAUCAUUUACUGGCUGAGGAACCGGCAGCCAGUGAAGUACGGCCGUCGACACCAUGCGGAGGAAGCGGAGGGGGUGCGGGGCCUCUUCACACUGCACAUCCUGGCGGCAGAGCACAGUGACACCGGUUUCUACACCUGCAAGGCCGUCAAUGAGUAUGGCACCAAGCAGUGUGAGGCUAAGCUGGAAGUCAGAGCUCGCCCCGAGUGCCAGUCCCUGGCCAUCGUGGUUCCCCUGCAGGACUUGGUGGUCGGGGCGGGGGAGCUGGCACUCUUUGAGUGCAUGGUGGCUGGCCCGCCAGACAUGGACGUGGACUGGCUGUCGCGGGGCCGGCUGCUCCAGCCCGCCCUGCUCAAAUGCAAGAUGCAUUUUGACGGGCGCAAGUGCAAGCUGCUGCUCACCUCCGUGCACGAGGACGACAGCGGGAUCUACACCUGCAAGCUCAGCACUGCCAAAGAUGAGCUGACCUGCAGCGCCCGGCUGACGGUACAGCCCUCUGUGCAGCCACUCUUCACCCGCAAGCUGGAGGAUGUAGACGUGGUAGAAGGGCGGACAGCACGGUUUGACUGCAUGAUCAGUGGGACUCCCACCCCGACAGUCACCUGGACUCAUUUUGGCCAGCCAGUGCAGGAAGGGGAGAAUGUGCGGAUUCAGCGGGAUGGAGGGCUGCAUUCGCUGGUCAUCGUGCAUGUGGGCAGUGAGGAUGAAGGGCAGUAUGUGGUAACUGCCACGAAUGCCCAUGGCCAUGUGGAGUGUUCUGCUGAGCUCUACGUGGAGGAGCCACGGCCAUCUGCUGCCUCCCAGAUCUCCAAGUUGGAGAAGAUGCCAUCAAUCCCAGAGGAGCCAGAGCAGGUGGAGAUGGAGACGGAGUGCUUCACCAUGCCUGAUUUUCUGAAGCCGCUGCACAACUUAGAUGUGGUGGAGUCCAAAGAGGCUGUACUGGAGUGCCAGGUGGCUGGGCUGCCUUACCCCUCCAUCACCUGGUUCCACAAUGGCUCCCGCAUCGACAGCACUGAUGACCGCAAGAUGAUGCAGUAUAAGGAUAUCCAUCGCCUGGUGUUCACAUCCGUCAGCCACGCGCAUGCAGGUGUCUAUAAAAGCGUCAUUGCCAACAAAGUGGGGAAGGCCACAUGCUACGCGCACCUCUAUGUCACCGAUGUGGUGCCAACCCCUCCGGAUGGUCCCCCCAAUGUGGCCUUGGUGACCGGCAGAGCCAUCACGCUGACCUGGAACAAGCCCAAGUGGCUGGACACUGCCAUAGACCCCAAGUCAGUGACCUACACAGUGCAAAUGCAAGUGCUGGGCACGACACAGUGGCUGGUGCUGGUGGCCAGUGUGCAAGGCACCACCUACACGGUGCAUGGGCUGACCAAGGGUGCCCAGUACCUCUUCCGUGUCAUCACUGCCACCCCCAAGACCAACAGCAAGCCGUCCCCACCUGUAGGGCCUGUGCAGCUCCUGGACCGGGGUCCCUACCUGGAGGAAGCCCCCGUCAUCCUGGACAAGCCAGAUGUGGUGUACGUGGUGGAGGGCCAGACAGCCUCCAUCACCAUCACCAUCAACCACGUGGAGGCCACUGUCACCUGGAAGAGGGGUGGGCAGGUGCUGGGGGAGCUGGAGGGCAUGUGCGAGGUGACGAUGCCAGACGACGACCAGCACUGCCUGCGGCUGCUGUGUGUGGGCCAAGGGGCUGCAGGGCCACUGACCUGCGAGGUGAGCAACCGCCAUGGCACUGCCCGCUGCACCCUACGCCUCUGCCUCGCAGAGGCACCCCGCUUUGAGUCCAUCAUGGAGGACAUCGAUGCCCAGGAAGGGGAGACACCGCGCUUUGCCGUGGUGGUGGAGGGGAAACCACUGCCAGACAUCAUGUGGUACAAGGAUGGGGAGCUGCUGGAGGAGAGCAGCCACCUGAGCUUCGUGUACGAGGACAACGAGUGCUCCCUGGUGGUGCUGGGCGCUGCCGAGCCUGACAGCGGCGUCUACACCUGCACAGCCAAGAACCUGGCUGGGGAGGUGUCUUGCAAGGCGGAGCUGGUGGUGCGGGCAGCCCAGCCCGCUGCAGAUGCCAGCAUGGAGGACGAGGCGCUGCACAAGGCCCGACGCCUGACUGACUACUAUGAUGUGCAUGAGGAGAUCGGGAGGGGGGCCUUCUCCUACCUGCGAAGGGUGACAGAGAAGAGCAGCCAUCUGGACUUUGCCGCCAAGUUUGUCCCUGGGAGGACCAAGGCCAAGCAGUCAGCACGGCGGGAGCUGCACAUCCUCUCACAGCUGGAUCACGAGCGCAUCGUCUUCUUUCAUGAUGCCUUCGAGAAGAAGAGCGCUGUCAUCAUGGUCAUGGAGCUUUGUGCUGAGGAGGAGCUGCUGGACAGGAUGGUGAGGAAGCCCUCAGUGUGUGAGUCUGAGGUCCGGUCCUACAUGCGGCAGAUCCUGGAGGGGCUCUGCUACCUGCACCAGCACAUGGUCCUGCACCUGGACAUCAAACCAGAAAACCUCCUGAUGGCGGAUUCGAGCAGCGAGCAGGUCCGGAUCUGUGACUUUGGCAAUGCGCAGGAGCUAACACCCAAGGAGCCACAGUACUGCAAAUACGGCACCCCCGAGUUCGUGGGCCCUGAGAUCGUCAACCAGAGCCCUGUCUCCAGUGUCACUGAUGUCUGGCCCGUGGGGGUCAUCGCCUACCUCUGCCUAACGGGGAUCUCCCCCUUCGUGGGGGAGAAUGAUAAGACAACACUGAUGAACAUCCGCAACUACAACGUGGCCUUUGAGGAGAGGAUGUUUCAGGGGCUCACCCGGGAAGCAAAGGGAUUUGUCAUCAAAGUGCUGGUCAAUGACAGGCUGAGGCCCAAUGCGGAGCAGACCCUGGAGCAUCCCUGGUUCAAGACGCUGGCCAAGGGGAAGGUCAUCAGCACCGAUCACCUGAAGCUCUUCCUCUCACGCAGGAAAUGGCAGCGCUCGCAGAUCAGCUACAAGUGCAACAUGGUGCUGCGGCCUAUCCCGGAGCUGCUGGAGGACACGUCCAACCACCUCUCCAUCGCUGUGCCCCGGCACCUCAAAGAGUCACCAGCACUGUCAUCCUCCUCAGACUCGGAUGACCUGGAUGAGCUGCCCUUCAUCCCCAUGCCACACCAGGUGGAGUUCUCUGGCUCCCGCAUGUCGCUCAAUGAGAUCCCCACGGACGAUGAGGCCAUCGGGACAUCUGAGGGGACAUGGCAGGAGGGGGUCGUGCCGGGGGACAUCUCUGCAAUGGAGUGGCAGAGCCAGGGCACGGGGAAGCCUGCAGUGGGCCUGGGGAAGCGACCAAGGGGCACUGUGCCACGGCGGCCAAGCGCAGAAGCGGAGGCACCUGGCUCCUCUGACGAAGAAGCCCCCGAAGCCCAGAAGCGGCCAGAGUACCCCCGCAAAGCCAUGAGGAAGGGCUCCAGCCUGGAGUCCCCGGGGAGCACCCGGCGGGGAGAGCUGAAGAGGGGCGGCUCGGCUGACAGCGCCCUGCUGCCGGGGACCACGGAGAGGGCCGAGGCAGGCCGGGAGCCGCGCCGGCCCCUGGCCAAGGCGGCCUCCAUGGAGCUGCCGCGGCGAAAGGGGACCUUUGGGGAGGACGAUCAUGCCCAGCGCCUGGAGCUGAUGCGCCAGCGGCUGCUGCGGAGCGGCCCCGGGGACGGCAAGGUCAGCGGCCUGCGGGGCCCCCUCCUGGAGAGCCUGGGGGUCGGCCCUGGCAAGAAGGUCCCGAGGCCGACCCGGUUGGAGCCGCCGGCACCAGCGGUGCCACGGCUGGUGCGGGCAGCGUCCAGCGAGGCCACCUCGCCGCGCCUCCUCCUCACUGAGCGCCGGCUGCAGAAGAGCAGCUCCUUCAGCCACGGGGAUGCCGAGCCUGUCGUCCGGCACCGCCGCUCCGGCGCACCCCUGGAGAUCCCGGUGGCACACCUGGAGGCCCAGCGGCUCAAGGAGUCCCCCUCGCUCUCAGCUCUCUCUGAUGCCCGGCCCUCAGUGCCACUGGAUGCCCCUGGCCCACCAACACCUGCUGCAGUAGAGGUGGCCGUCCCCCAGGCCCCCACUGCCAAGGCUGCCUUGGGGAGGAGGCAGAUCCCUGAGGAGCGCAGCCAGCCCGGGACCAGUGCCACUGCCACCACCACAGGGAAGAAGCCUAUGGCUAGGGGUCAAGAGCAGAAGACACCCACCAAGGGUGCUGGAGCCAGCGGGGAGGGAGCUGCCAGGACAGGAACACCCUCUCCAUCACUGCCCGCGGCCCCAGGCACCCAAGGCCCCCAAACAUCUUCCUACGCCAAGGUCAUGCAAGCUAUGGGAGCCACACAAGGUAGGGAGCCAGCCACAGAGCAAGCCUCCCAGCCCCCUCUGGCCACCCCUACUGAACACUCCGUGCCAACACCAGCACCAGCACCAGAAUCAGGGAGGGAGGUGAAGCCUUCUGGCUCCUCCAGCUCCCUGCUCAUCCAGGACAUCGACUCGGAGGAGGUCUUUGAGGCCAAGUUCAAGCGGGGCCGGGAGUCAUCGCUCAGCAGGGGGCUGAAGCUCCUCACCCGCUCCCGGUCUGAGGACCGGCACCUGGCUGGCCCCCCAGAUGAUGGCAUCUACCGCCCCAUGCCAGCCGGCGUGCCCCUGGAGAUGCGCAGGGACCGGCCCUCUGGGCUGGUGGCCAAGUCCAAGUCGGUGCAGGACCUGCACGAGGUGGAGAAGGAUAGGGGCUUCAUCCGGAGGAUGUCUGUCCUCCUCAAGCGGACCCCACCUGCAGAGAGGAAGAAGAGCAGAGGGGAGGAUGGAGGCAGCGAGACCCCAUUCAGCAGGCGCCGCUUGUCCUGGAACCUGGCCUUGGGCAGCUCCAAGGAGCGGAGGGACUCAGAGAGUGUCAAGUCAGAGCCAGGGGGUGGUGGGGAGAGUGAGUCACCAGUGGUGGCCGUGCGGAGGAAGAUCAGUGCCACAGUGGAGCGGGUCUCCGCGCGGCUGCGCAGUGUGUCGGAUGAGCGGCAGGAGGGCGAGGGGCCCCCUGAGCUCCGCCGCACAAGCUCUGAGGGGGAAAGCCUGCGGCCGGGCCCUGCCCCAGCACCUGCACCCUCCUCUGAGUCCCUGCGCUCGGAAGGCAGCACCAGCUCUGCCAAAGGUGGGGGUGAGAGCCAGAAGCGGUCCCGCUGGGAGCGCUGGGGCCUCUCACGGAGCAAGGAGAAGGUGUCCUCACAGCCCAGCAUCCCCUCCAGCCUGCUGCGGGAGGAGGGACCUGCCGCCGGCCGGCUGCACGUGCCCAGCGACUCUGAUUUCCCACCCAUUUUCCACAUCAAGCUGAAGGACCAGGUGCUGCUGGAGGGUGAGGCGCUGACCCUCUGCUGCCUGCCAGCAGGCAGCCCUACCCCCAGGAUCCUCUGGAUGAAAGACAAGAGGUCCUUGCAGCCAGACAACAUGCUGAACGUCGUCUCCUGCAAGGAUGGCAGGCAGAUGCUCACCAUCGCCAAAGUCUCCAGGAAGGAUGCAGGGCUGUAUGAGUGUGCAGCUGCCAACACCCUGGGCACAGCCAUCAGUUCCUGCACCCUGGCUGUGGCACGGCUCCCUGGGCGGCCGGGCACCCCGGAGAUCCCCCAGAAAUACAAGAACACUGUGCUGGUGCUGUGGAAGCCUGCAGAGAGCAAAGCCCCCUGCACCUACACACUGGAGCGCAGGCUGGAUGGAGAGCACGAGUGGAAGAUCAUCAGCACUGGCAUCAUCGACUGCUACUUCAAUGUGACAGAGCUGCCCCCCGGGAGAACCGCCAGGUUCCGAGUGGCCUGUGUCAACAAGGCUGGGCAGGGGCCCUACAGCACCCUAUCAGCGAAGGUGCACCUUGAGGCAGAAGACGCCCAAGCUGCCCCAGCUAAGGACAUUGCUGUCCCCAUCCCCGAGAAGGUGGCUUCCAGCAGAUCGACCCAGACACCCAUGGGGCAGCUGGAGCUGCCAGCUGUGCGGCCCCCUCCCACCACACCGCCCCGCAAGCACAAGGGAGCGGUGCAGAAGGCAGAUGGGGCAGAGCAGGAGGGUGCCCCCCCAGUGGUCCUCCAGCCCCCUGCACCCCGUGAAGAGGGGCCACAGCCAGACCCUGAGCUCCCACCCAACAUCACUGUCUGUGUGCCCCCUGAGCUGAUGUUCACCCCCCCUCGGACUGUCACCUCACCCCACACAGAGACCCCCACCCAGGGCUCCCCCACACCCCCCACGGACACAUCCCCAACACCCAAGGCUCCAUCUCCUUCAAAGUUAUCUCCCACUUCCCCGGUGUCGACCACCCCCAGCUCAGCCCCCACCGUGUCUCCCACCCCCAAUGCUGUGCCCACACGGAAGAUGCCCCCCUACAUGGUCACCUCCUUUGUCUCCAUGCCCCCCACAUCACCCCCUACGCAGGAGACCACCCCCACCCCCCCAUCCUCCAAGGAGCCUCCAGCCUCCAAGGAGCCUCCAGCUGAGGGUGGGGUCCCAGGGGCAAAAGACAGCACUGUGUUGCGGCAGGGUGUCCCCCAGAAGCCAUACACGUUCUUGGACGAGAAGGCGAGGGGCCGUUUCGGUGUGAUCCGGCUGUGCAAGGAGAAUGCCACGGGCAAGCUCUUCAUGGCCAAGAUUGUGCCCUAUGAGGCAGAGCGGAAGCAGAGCGUGCUGCAGGAGUACGAGAUCCUUAAGGCACUGCACCACGAGCGCAUCAUGGCCCUGCACGAGGCAUACAUCACUCCCCGCUACCUUGUGCUCAUCUGUGAGAACUGUGCUGGCAAGGAGAUCCUCUACAGUAUCGUGGACAGGUUUCGCUACUCAGAGGAUGAUGUGGUGAGCUACGUGCUACAGCUGCUGCAGGGCCUCGAGUACCUGCACAGCCGCCGCAUCGUGCACCUCGACAUCAAGCCAGACAACAUCCUCAUCUCAGGCAUGAAUUCGCUCAAAAUCAUCGAUUUUGGCAGUGCCCAGACCUACAACCCCCUCGUGCUACGGCAGCUGGGGCGGCGUGUUGGCACCCUGGAGUACAUGUCGCCAGAGGUGGUGAAGGGAGAUCCAGUGGGCUCUGCAGCAGAUGUCUGGGGCGUUGGUGUCCUCACCUACAUCAUGCUCAGUGGGCGGUCACCGUUCUUUGAAUUGGACCCCAUUGAGACAGAGAACCGCAUCCUGGCGGGGCGCUUUGAUGCCUUCAAGCUGUACCCCAACGUCUCACAGAGUGCUGCCCUCUUCAUCCGCAAGGUCCUUGCUGUCCACCCCUGGAGCCGUCCCACGGUGAAGGACUGCUUUGUCAACACGUGGCUCCAGGAUGCCUACCUGAUGAAGCUGCGCCGCCAGACCCUGACCUUCACCACCAACCGUCUCAAGGAGUUCCUGGUGGAGCACCAGCGGCGCCGCAGUGAAGCUGUCACCAAGCACAAGGUCUUACUCCGCUCCUACCAGGGCGGCCAGCCACCGGGGCCACAGUAGCUAGAGCCUCGGCCACGGCCGUGAGGGGCCGAGGAGCCAGAGUAACAUUCCAGGGGCCAUGGGACAGGGCGGCUGAGGAGGAGCCAGGACGUGCUGGGAUGAGCCCAUGGACCUCACGCUGCCACCAAGGAUGGUGGUGGCCAGCAUAAUUUUGAUGGUGCCGAGUGAAAGGGGAAGUGCUGCCCCAGCCAGCCCGGCAGUGGGGUCUGGCAGAGGGCGGGCGGCGGGAAGCCUUGGUGUGAGGAACAGAGAAUGUUGCAGAGGGUUGGAAGAAGGAGAUGAGGACAGGAAGGGAAGGAAAGCCCCAGGCAGGAGCAGGAGAGACGCCAGCAUGCCAGCCAGCCCUGGCCACACGGGUCCUGCCAGCCGUGUGCCUUAAGCCGCAGUCUGCAGCUGCCCCUGGCCACGGUGUGGGGGUCCCUGUGCUCCCCCCGGUUUGCACGCCAGUGCCCAAGGACUGAGGCUGCUCCAGUGGUUCCUGCAGCGAGGGGCCUGCUCACACCUGCUGCCCUGGAUCUCACCAGCCGGCACAGCCCCACUCCUCAUGGCUGGGAGCUGGGGCUGCCAGACCCCGCCUUCCACUCCUCCCAGCCCCGGUCCUGGAAGCGGGUUUGUGGCCCCAGGACCGACGCCGGUGCCUUCCCUGGGGCUGUCGGUUGCACCCUGUAUUGGGGCAGGGUGUCUGGUUGGCACCCCUCUUUGCAGGGGGACACCACGUGCCAUGCACACCCCCUGCGCCUUCUCAGGCCCAGGCUGCUCGUGCUCUGCGUGCCUGGUUCUGGCCCUUGCCCUAUGCCCCACCACCAGCCCACCCCCCCAGGCCUCCUCACACAUCUCCACCACCAACCCUCACCCCAAACCCCGGUGCCAUUGCACAGCCCCGUGCCCCUUCCCCGGCUGGCAGCAGGAUGCUCUGGGGUGCCCUGGGCUGGGGACAGGGCAGCGGCUGGGCACCCACCUUCCAGAUGCUGCUGUAGCAAUAGGGCUUUAUUUAUUGACUUCCGGGAGAAGGCGCCUGCCCAACCCCAUCUCCAUCCCCCUCGCC